CUCACUUUCCCUUUUCUUCUUCUCUUUCUCUAUUUUUCCCCUGUUCCAGUUUCAACUUCUAAGCCUUCAAUCCAUUUUCUCUCUUACCCAAACACACACCAAAAAAAUGCAAGUUCCUUUAAUCGACAGGCUCAACGAUCUUCAAGUUGGCUUCAACUCUCUGCAAAACCCAUCGUUCCCUUCUCCAAUCACCUCCUCCCUCGCCGGAAUCCAAUCCGUCUCGGUGGUUUACAAUUUCUGCAAGUGGGGCGCUGUCUUUCUCGCUCUCGUCGCCACGUUCAGCAGCAUCAUCAACAGAGUCACCGUUUUCAUCAUCAGAUUCCGCAGCAAACCACCUUCUCUUCCUUCAAUCUCCCUCUUCGACGACGACUUCAGCGAUAUCUCCUCCGACGACGGCGAUGUUGAUGACUUAGAAGACGACGACGACACCGGAAACGACUCGUCGUCGGAGUUCGACGACGAGCCCUCUGCCUCUGCUUCUUCCAGCUUCCUCCGAUUGGAUGACUUCUUCUUCCGAGUCAGGGGAACCGCUCAGAACGACGAGUCAUCACGGAGCCAAAUCGACACGCGCCACCGGAGUUGCAGCAUUGGGGAUAUCUUCUCCCUGGCGGAACUCGCCAGCAGCGACAGCGUCGUGAAGCUAUGGGACACCAUUGGAUUCGGUUUGGGGCUAGAUUUCGAUGAUUACGAGGAAAGUCCACUCCACGCGCCGGCGAGUUCUUCCACGGCGUCCCCGGCGGUGGUUGUUUCAGCUGCGGAAGGCUCACGCGGGAACUUGGAGGUGGGGAUUUGGGACACGCGCCUCCGGAAGCGGAGACCGUCGGUGGUGGCGGAGUGGGGGCCCGCCGUGGGGAAGACCGUGCGCGUGGAAUCUGGCGGCGUGUCGAAGGUUUAUGUGAGAGAUAACGGACGUGACGGCGUUACGGUUGGUGACAUGAGAAAGGUCAGCAAGCCGUUAGGAAACGUGACGGAAUCUGAUGCGGAUAAUACCUGGUGGGAUGCUUCGGAGGAACAGCAAUCAUCAAUGAUGCACCAAACUUGAAUAAUAAUUGCGAUUUCAGAAUUUUAUUUGUUUGGUGCUGAGAAUUUAUUUUAAUAAUUAGUACUAUAUAAGGUAGAGAAAAAUAAUUUAAGGCACCGAAUAAUAUUUGUUUAUUUGUACUACUAUCAUUGGACUUAAGUUUAUAAAUUGUAAAUUGAUAAAUUAGUUGUUUAAUGAUGAUUACUAGAGUUUGGUUGGAAAAA